AUGCUGCCACCAAUAGACUUUCCCCACCUCCACCUGGACCCUGCUUUACUUCUUCACACCAGCCUCACACUUCAGCCCGCCUGCCUGCCCAUCUUCGCCUCACGCGCCCGGCUACUGCUCACUCUCCUCCUGCUCUUGUCCUCUCUGUCUCCUUGGGAUCCUGCGCUCUCCGAGUCACCACCCCACCUGGCUCAACUCCCGAUCCCCUCGCCCCCCGCCGGAUCUGGCCGAGCUGGCUCCACGCCGCGGCCUCCCCGUGCCCGCUCGCCGCCUGCGCCCCCGCCCGCCGCCACCCCGUCCUCGCCCCGCCCGCUCGCCGCCGCGGCACCUGCUCCUGCUCCUCAAGCCGCAGCCGUCGCCUCCCCGCCCCCUCUCGCGGUCCCCAGCGCGCGGCCGGCGGAUUUCCCCGGCGGUCAGUCAGUCAGUCGGCCGGCGGACGGAGACCUGUGCAAGGCGGGGGCAGAAGAUCAAGGGUUGGGGGCGCCGGAGGAUCCGAGUGGGGACUUGGCGCCGCCAGGGGGAGCCCGACCUGUUCGCCAGCGGCAGAAGGGCGGACACUGGCUCGGGACACGCCCACUUCCCACCCUCUUCCCGCCCACCUUCGCCACAGCCCCGCCCAUUCCUCCAUAG